AUGGCGCCAUAUGAGCCACUUUAUGGUCGUAAGUGUUGCACUCCUUUAUGCUGGACUGAGUUAAGUGAACGAUGUGUUCUGGGUCCAGAGUUGGUUUCAGAAACAGAGGAUAAGGUUCGCUUGAUUCGAGAUCGACUGAAAGCGGCUUCUAAUAGACAGAAGUCCUAUGCAGAUGUGAGAAUGAAGGACAUCGAGUAUUCUGUGGGAGACAUGGUUUUUCUUAAGCGAGUGGGGUCAGUCGCAUAUCAGUUAGAGCUACCUCCAAAGUUAGAUCGCAUACAUGACGUGUUCCACGUUUCGAUGUUAAGAUGUUACCGCUCUGAUCCUACGCACAUUGUGCCCGUGGAGGAGAUUGAGGUUAGAUCGGAUCUGACGUUCAAGGAGGAGCCUGUUCAGAUUCUAAAGCACGACGUUAAGGUCUUAACUAGGAAGUUCAUUCCCUUAGUGAAGGUGCUGUGGCGGAAUCAUAGCACUGAGGAGGCUGCUUGGGAGCCAGAGAAUUCGAUGCGACAACAGUAUCCUCACAUUUUCUGA